ACUAUACAGCAGCAAAAGCAGGCAUUCUCUACCUCCUUGAGCUUGCACUUUGAAAACAUUUUGGAUUAAUUCUUUAAACUAUUUUGGCAGAAAUGGCUGAGCAAGAAAGUCUGGAGUUUGGCAAGGCUGAUUUUGUCCUUUUGGAUUCCAUAACCAUGGAAGAUUUCAUGAACAAUUUGAAACUGAGGUUUGAGAAGGGACGGAUUUACACCUACAUUGGAGAGGUGGUUGUGUCUGUAAACCCUUAUAGAGAAACAAAUGCGUAUGGGAAAGACAUGAUAGAACACUAUAAAGGACGGGAGCUGUAUGAGAGACCACCACACUUGUAUGCUAUUGCAGACGCUGCAUACAAAGCCAUGAAACGAAGGUCAAAAGACACUUGCAUUGUAAUAUCAGGUGAAAGUGGCGCUGGGAAGACAGAAGCUAGUAAAUACAUCAUGCAGUACAUCGCUGCCAUAACAAAUCCUACCCAGAGGGAAGAAGUAGAAAGAGUGAAGAACAUCCUGCUCAAGUCUAACUGUGUUUUGGAGGCUUUUGGCAAUGCUAAGACAAACAGGAAUGAUAACUCCAGUCGCUUUGGGAAGUACAUGGACAUCAAUUUUGACUUUAAAGGUGAUCCUACAGGAGGCCAUAUCAACAAUUAUCUUCUUGAGAAGUCUCGUGUCCUGAAGCAGCACUCUGGAGAAAGGAACUUCCACUCGUUCUAUCAGUUGCUUCUAGGAGGAUCUGAAAGUCAGCUGAAAUCCCUUCACCUCCAGAAAGACCCUGCAAUGUACAUUUUCACAAGAGAGGGUGCAAAUACUACUACUAAUACCAGUGACAGGGCAAAUCACAAAGCUGUCGCAGAGGCCAUGAAAGUGAUUGGUUUUACUCCUGAAGAGAUAAACUCAGUCUACAAAAUUCUGGCUACCAUAUUGCAUGUGGGUAAUAUUGUCUUUGGCUCUGAGGCGGAUGUCACAGUAAUUAAAAAUACUGAGCUUGUCACACACAUUGCUGAUCUAACCUCAGCUACACCAGAGGAUGUAAGCAAAGCCUUGUUGUUUCGCACUGUUGCCAGUGGAGGCAAGGAAGUCUUUGAAAAAGGACACACAGAAAAAGAAGCAAACUAUGGAAGGGAUGCUUUUGCCAAGGCCAUAUACGAGAGACUAUUCUGCUGGAUUGUAGCUCAGAUAAAUAAUAUUAUUGAAGUAAAAGACUAUGACCCCUGGCUUCAUGGCAAGAACAUUGUAAUUGGUGUCCUGGAUAUCUAUGGCUUUGAAAUAUUUGAAAAAAACAGCUUUGAACAGUUUUGCAUCAAUUACUGCAAUGAGAAGCUGCAACAACUCUUCAUUGCACUGAUCCUGCAACAAGAACAGGAGGAGUAUCAAAGGGAAGACAUUGAAUGGCAUCAGGUCGAAUACUUCAACAAUCAAAUUAUUGUAGACCUAGUAGAACAGUCCCAUAAGGGAAUUUUCUCCAUUCUUGAUGAGGCAUGUUUGACUGCUGGACAAAUUACAGACACAAUGUUCUUAGAUUCAAUGAACAAUAAGCUCUCCAAGCAUCCACAUUAUACGAGCAGAAAGCUGUAUGCCUCAGACAAGACCAUGGAGUUUGAUCGCCACUUUCGAAUCAAGCAUUAUGCUGGGGACGUAACAUACAAUGUGGAAGGAUUUCUAGACAAAAACAAAGACACACUGUUCCAAGACUUCAAACGUUUGAUGUACAACAGCUCAAAUCCUGUCCUGAAAAGCAUGUGGCCUGAAGGAGAGUUGAGCAUUACAGAAGUGACCAAGCGUCCCUUGACCGCUGCCACCUUAUUCAAGAACUCAAUGUGUGCCUUAGUGGAGAACCUGGCUUGCAAGGAGCCAUAUUACGUGCGUUGCAUCAAGCCAAAUGAUCAAAAGUCACCUGUGCUCUUUGACUAUGAACGUGCCCGACACCAAGUGGAGUACCUAGGAUUGUUGGAGAAUGUCCAUGUACGCAGGGCUGGUUUUGCGUACAGACAGCCCUAUCAGAGGUUUUUGCAAAGGUACAAAAUGACUUGUCCUUUCACGUGGCCAAACCACAUGAUGGAGAUGGAUGGUCAAGCUGUCAAAGCAAUCAUUGAUGAGCACAAUUUCCAGGAUGAUGUAGCGUAUGGGAGGACAAAGGUUUUCAUCCGCACACCACAAACACUUUUUGCACUAGAACAGCAUCGAGCAGAACUGAUUCCGUAUAUUAUUGUCCUUUUACAGAAGGUUUGGAGAGGGGCUAUUGCAAGGAAACGUUACAGGCGAAUGCAUGCAGUUUACACCAUCAUGGCUUGCUACAAGCAAUACAAAAAUAAAUCAUAUUUUCUGGAGGUACUGCAGCGUUUCCAGAAUGUGCGCAACAUGCCUGAUUACGGGAAAAGCAUUGAGUGGCCAGAUCCACCUGCUGUCCUCCAUAGGUUCCAAGAGAUCACAAAGAACUUAUUCCGAAGGUGGAGAGCUCGCCAAAUUGUGAAGAACAUUCCACCUUCAGACAUGCCUCAGAUUAAGGCAAAGGUGGCUGCCAUGGAGUUCCUGAAUGGACAACGUCAGGACUGGGGAUACCAGAGGACUUGGGAACGAGACUACCUUUCAUCUGCAAAGGAAAACCCUCAGAUGACCUCACAGUUUGCCAAAGCUGCAAAGGAACUGAAGUCCAAAGACGGAUACAGUUGUGUACUUUUCUCCUGUCAUAUCAGAAAGGUAAACAGAUUCAAUAAAAGUGAAGACCGUGCAAUUCUGAUAACUGACAAACAUUUAUACAAGUUGGAGCCCCUCAAACAGUACAAGGUCAUGAAGUCCAUUCCUCUGACUAAUAUGAUAGGCCUGAGUGUGACAAGUGGCCGGGAUCAAUUGGUGGUGUUCCACACCAUGGACAACGAUGACUUUGCAGCCUGUUUACAUAAAAUGCAACCAGAGAAUGAGAAUCGGAUCGGAGAACUUGUUGGGGUGCUAGCAGACCACUUCAGGGAGAAGAAAAAGAACUUCAACGUAAAUAUUUCAGACUGUGUUCAGUUGAAAAUGAGAGGGAAGAAUAAGACCAUCUCUGUAGAAAUAAAACCAGGACAAGCACAUCCAGACUUCCGCAAGAAUCGCAUAGGCUUCACUUUGUAUUUACCCAGAAAAUAAUUACAAGGAAGAACAUGAUGAAUCUUUAUGUAGAACACCAACUGUCACACAUCCUACUUGUUCUGAAUUGUAUUACUAUACAAAUGCAUAUGUAUGCUUAACUAAUAUGUCAAAAGAUUUCCAGUAAAAGCCUGGAUGUGCUCUUUCUGCAGCUAUCCUGAAUGUAGGCAAAGGCUUUCAUUACAGUGGCAGUGAAACAUCCAUCUCAUUUGCAAUAUUUUGACAUAUAUUUAUAUAUAUAUAAAAUGGAAAAGCAGCUUUUCAUUUUUUUCACAGUGCUGCAUUAUUUAUGCAGCAUUUUUCUUAUGUAAUUUUGUGAGCUUAUUCACAACCAUUUCUAAAAUUGUAUAAGUCUUUUGACAGAUGUUAAGAAAACAGCAGUUAAUUUUAUUCUGUUUAUGUAAGUUUUAAUCUAAAGGUUGAAACAGACAAUACCUCCUAUUGCUCAAGCUCUUCUGAGGUGUAAAAAUGUACAGAAUGCAUCUGCAGCCGCUGGUGACAGGUAACUGGAAAAAUAGAGGGCCUGGGUAACCUCUGAUGUAGGUAAUUCCCACAGGCAGGGAUAAAUCUGUCAGACAACAGCACCUGUUGUCCAUUCAUUCUACUGCUGCCAGUGAAAACCACUGUCAUGUCUGGGUCAAGCAUUUCUAAAUACAAUGACAAGGCAGCUCGCUAAGCUGAAUGAAUGCAUGUAUAACACUUUAUAAAAAAGGUGGAGGAGGUUCUUCCUCAUGGAAAAAAAGGGUUAUGCUCCCCAUUGGCUGAUGAUGUUGUGGGUGGUUAAAGUACUUAGAUUUUAGCAGAAGAUUAUGACACUGUAACUUAUUAAAUCUCUGCUGAUUUAACCUCUAAAAUUAGUUACAUUUUCAGUCCGUAGGCCUUCCUAGCUAGAUUGUACCAGUGUUAUUUUCCUGGUGAAUGAGUCCUAAGCUAUAAAAAGGAAAGAAAAUAAUCAAUUUGCAGCAAAGAAAUGCUAUUACCAGGAGAAGUUCCUUUGGAUCCAGAUGAAAUAGCACACUGUUGCUAAGCAACCUUGCUGCUGUGGGCCUACAGCCCCAUUCUACAACUUCUGUUCGGCAUAAUCCUUCAUUAAAAGAUGUUUAUGCAGAGUUGCAACUGAUUAAAACUCCUGUAUUGGAGGAGGUAGGUGUUAGGUUUUCUCUGCUGGAGGCACAGCUGAAUGACCUGACAUUUCUGGCUACAGUAGCAGGCCAUCAUCAGUCUGCUUAGGAAGGUGGUUGCCUGUUUGGGAACACAAGCUGUUAAUUUAGAGGAUGACUUGGAAGACCGGUAGACUAACAGAAAUUUGUUGUAUUUCUUUUGUGUCUGGAGACUGUAACAACCCUGACUACAAUGCUUUUAUUUAAGUUUUGUUGACUGUUCUUACUUUAGUUUGCUGUCAAUUCCUUCUUAAAAGAGCAUAUAGGGCUUCUUUUCCUUACACAAAUGUUGAGUGGAAAGCCCAUGAUACAUAUGUAUGCAUACCUUGCUAAUUACGUGGGAAAGGAUACACUUCUGAAAAAGCUGUGGUCACUCUUUAGGCCUCAGAUUAUUGCUAAUUGUGACGCUGAAAAAGUUGUGGUCACCCUCCAGGACACAGAAUCUUGAGAAAUCUGGGAUUGUUGUUGAGAGUUAUUGUUGAAAUUGAAUACUAUAGUAAAACAAUAUAAUUUACCCCAUUAUGUUAGUUAGUUCCUAAAGAAGGCAGUGCUUUGGUUUAAGUUGUUAAAAUCAGCAAAUGCAUAUAUCCUUUUUACCAGAGAGGUCAGUGGACUUUGUUACUCUUCAUGAUAUGCUGAGACCAUUGCAGGAAUGAUGCGCAGUGCUCAGAGAUGUCAGAGAGAGGUUGCUACCACUAAAGAAAAGCAUCAUUACAACUCCAAGCAAAGAAGUGAUGUAGCAGAGAACAUUUGUGUUUUUUAUGAGCCUUCCAAACACUUUACAGUCACUGACUGUUAUUUGGGCUUAAGUGAAAUUAAAUGAACAAUGAGUGGUGAUACAUAGCUUAAUGGUUCAUGACGUAACUAAACAAAGUGCCUUUUUAUUCUUUUUCUAACUUAACUUUACCUCUGUGCAAUAUUCAUGUGAAUUAUCAGGGAUCUGUUCAGGCAUUGCACUAACUUUAUUGCCAUUUGUACUUUUCUAAAAGUAACACCCAUUUCAUGCAUCUCCCAGAAUAAUAUAUAUAUAUAUAUAUAUAUAUAUAUAUAUAUAUAUAUAUAUAUAUAUAUAUA